AUGGGCAAUGUUACGUUCAGAGAUUAUCCAGGUAACUGUUUCUGGCCUUUUAAUUACAAUUUUUCUAUAAUUUGUGAAAUUUGGAUUACAAUAAGGUAAUUUUUGGUUUUCAGCUUCGAAACGACAAUAUUAUCGAGACCGUACUCGCUGUACUCGUCCUCGAUUAGGAGGAGAAGCUUUUGAAAAGGUCUUGGAAACUUUGAACAUUCAUCAGGUCAAGACUGUUGCUGUAAGUUGGUUUAUGUUUGUCUUUUUUGUUGUUUUAGGCAUGGAAUAGUUGUAGAAAGGAGUUACGAGGGUUAAAAGUUGUGUAAAGUGUUUCAAAAGAAGUGUCUGGCAUUGGUUUAUUAAAGCUAAACUUCUUCUAUAUUUAAUUUUAGAAAUCUUUUUUGAAAAAGGCAAUUUUUCACGUAAUAUUGUUUUAGAUGAUCAACAAGCACUAUUUCAACGCGGUAAGACAGUAUUUCCUGGAUUUUCCCACUCUCAGCAUUGAUUUGGACAAGCACAAGAUAUGCCUAUCGAGGAGGCCUUGCAACUGCUCUAAAAGUAUGUGUGGUCACAGAGUUAUCAGGAAGAUUCAAACCUGGGUUGAUCUGAUCAAGGUUGGACUUGUUGAUAUUGACAAAAUCUAUAUUCAUGGAAAGCGGGUUGGAUAUGUUUUUCAACAGUAUAAAGGUAUCAACAAGAUUAUGGGGAACUUGAAUCGUAAGUAUAUUUUGGUUUCUUUGAGGAAUUUUAAGGUUUUCGGCUAUGUUCAUAUUGUUUUAGGUGGAAACGUGUGUUUUAAAGGUUGUUUUUAGUGAAGUAAGGGCAGUUUUUGUAAAAACAUAAUUAAAAUACGAUUAAUUAUGGUUUUGACCUGAUGUUAUUAAAUGUUAGCUGUCCUUAAUUGAUGAAUAAUGGCAGUUUCAUAUAGCUUUAGGUGAAAAAACGUUUGUUUUUGGCCAUAUUUUACCUGAAAAUAUUUAGUUUUUGAUCAGAAAUUAUGGAUAAACUAGCUUUUCUUGAUUCUAUGUUAACUUUCCUUUAAUUUUAGGUGUUAUCGAGGUCUAUAUUGACCUUCAAGACUCAGCAACUGGAGGAUUUUUCCAAAGCAUUCACAAUCUUGUCGUCAGAUGCAAUAACCCAGGGAAACCGAUGGUGAUCUUUUUCAAGAACGGUGACAUUGACUCUUGCCCUAUCAACGUUCCACCGUUCCUUCCAACUUAUACCAAUCUUCUCCGCUUCGACCAGUCGGUUUUUCCAGAAGUUUCUGAUGGCAAAUUGAACAAAUUCUUAUUGGACAACGAUCUACAUCAAUAUAAUGUGGCGGAAAGACGUCGUCAGGCUAGACUAGCGGCAAUGAGAGAGCAAGAAUGGGUUUUUGGUGUUGAAUUUAAUUUUGACAAUCUUGGCGCUAUGGACUUUGCUGAUGAUGUAAGUGUUGAUGGUGAUCAGCUGUUUGAUGAAGACGAUGUGGUUGAGGAAAUGCUCAUGAGGUUUGAGGACGAGAUGGUGGAGAUGGAGCCUGAUGAUUUUGACGAUAUGCUGUUCUUCCACUGA